AUGUCGCAAUCUUCAUUUUCUCCGCAAUAUUAUGAGAUAUUACAACAAAUCAAAGAAUUUGAUGAAUCUUAUAAAGACAAAUCCAUAGAAGAAGCGAACAAACAAUCGGAUCAAUUUCCU